AUGCCUCUUCAGAAGUCCUUUUCCGAUCAAAACCACUCAGUCAAAGGAAAAUCCGAACAAAACCGACAAUGGGGUCGAAAUAGGAGCUUCCAGGGACAGCAGACUUCGAGGCAUAACCCGCAAUCGAAGCCCCUACAGGAGAAACCACCUGUUCCUGUGUCGACCGCCACAAAAAACAAACUUAGCAAUUUCCUCGCCAAGACGAGCAAUGUCGAAAAGGAAGGGAAUGCUGUGAUAAGUCUCCUUUCUUCGGAUGAGAAGGAGAAUUUGGGAAACAGGGCCAGUCAAAAGCACACGAAAACUCGGCUCGCAAAAGAGAAAAAUGACGAGACAGAACUUCGAUCAGACACUCCCAAAAAAACUUGCCCCUCUACACCGGCUAGCAGGCUAGCAUUACCGGAUUUAAUUGGCAUGAGCGACGUGGAACGAGCAGUCGAAAUCAUAUCUCCUGAUGAUCGGGUAGAAUGGGACUAUAGCAAGGAUAGUAGCCAGGAUUCAACGCCGUUUCAAGGGAUACGGAGGGCGAACAAGAGGGCGAGAAGCUCGUCUCCUAUAGCUUCAUCACCAGCUUAUGGGAAGGGAGAACAACCUCAGAUAGAUCCAGGAUCGGAGUUAUGGGGACGGUACUCUCUCAACGGUCCCAACGCGACAACACCAUUAGGGCCAUCUGUCCCUGCAUUGGCGCAUUUGAUGCAGACAUCUUCACCGCAGCCUGUUAGACACGGAACAACACCAAGAACGUUAUCAAGCUUCCGACGAGCGAAUAGCUGUGGCACAACAUUUCCAAAGCGCAGGAGGGUUGGUGGAUCGGAUGGAGAUGUGUUCACGGAACCUGCAAAUAUUGGCCCCUCACGAUUGUCCGUCCUGAUUGAAAGAGUGCAGGAAGGAAUGUCGCAGCUGAAACCUAUCGAUGAAUGUUCAUGCCGAGCGCGUGGAUCUCCAAAACAAGGACUUUCCACAGUCGAUGAGGCAAUUUCGAACGCUAGCCGUGGGCAACAUCGAGAAUCGUCAGAGAAUUUAUCAGAUCCGGCAUCCCGUAUUGGAACCCCUCAGAAAGCGGACAACCACCGUCUGGAGAGGCAAGCCUCGGUUCAGACAGAUUAUGGUGACUUUGAUGACGAUGCAAUCGACUCCUGUGUCCUUGAUGCGCUGGAAUCGCAACCACCAGUACAGUUUCCUCUGGAAGUUGAACGUCCUCUACAACCACCCACAGCUCCAGCCAGACAGCCAUCUUGCUCACCAAGAAAAGCUAGCCUACCAGUUCUUGUAGACGAGGAAUCUUUUGGAAUGAAUGAAGGAGACGAUGACGAGGACGAAUUUGGCGACUUUGAUGACGAUGUGUUUGGUGACCUGGAGCAGGUCGUUUCACAGUUCGACACGGGGACAUCUGUGAUGAAGCCAGACAAGCCGUCUUGUAGCGGCCCCCCACCAGGAAGAGCUGCACAGGAGGCCGAUUCUGAGGAUGAAUUUGGCGACGAUGGAAUAGAUGAAAAUGAUUUUGAAGCAGCAGUUGCAGCGACCCAGUCCUUGCGAAAAUCUAACGAUCUUUUACCUGCGACUCGUGACAUACAGGCCAUACAAAGAUAUUUGGUAACAAGUAUCUCUAAAACACAAUACGAGGACACCAACCGGCGGACAUGUAAAGAACAAGUCCUUGAGUUGAAAGCUGAAGGGACCAAAAGUACCAGAUUCGUCCAUCUUCGUGGCUUUUGGUAUAUGUCACCUGUGACUGAAAAGGCCUAUGUCCACGUUAUUGGGACAUUCGUUGGAAGUCGAUGCAUCAUUGACAACAAUCACAACAUGUUGAUCCUACAUCCUGAUCAUUUAGUUUCAGCUACAGUAGUGGCCGAUUCGUUUAGCUGCACUCGUCGUGCAGUCCUUCAAGACAGAGUCAAAGCUACCGGUGAUGCGGCACCUCCUAUGGUUUAUGGCACUAUCCUACACGAAAUUUUCCAAACAGCCUUAGUUGCGAAUAGAUGGGACAUUGAGUAUCUGGGUGAAAUCAUCGAAGACGUAGCUACGAAACACGUUGAGGAUCUUUACACCAUAAAGAUUCAAGUGGAAGACGCCACAGAAUAUUUACUUAGCAAAAUGGGCGAGCUCCAGUCAUGGGCUGAGCUGUUCAUUUCUUCUCAGCCAAAGCCCGAAGCAAUCGUACAUGACCGCCACGGUAAGAGAGCGGGCAUGUGCGUCAGUAAACUUCUUGAUGUCGAAGAACACGUGUGGUCGCCAAUGUAUGGCCUGAAAGGCAAUAUAGACGCAACAGUUCAAGUUACUAUGCAAGACGAUCAUGAGCGCCGGACUUUGACCGUACCUUUUGAAGUGAAGACGGGGAAGAAUCCAAGCGCGUCACACCGGGCGCAGACGGCGCUGUAUAACCUUUUACUGUCAGAUCGUUACGAUAUGGAGGUAGCUUACGGUAUUCUUUACUAUAUGGAAACAUCGGAGACUGUACGCAUUCCCAAAUUUCGGAAUGAGCUCAUUCAUAUGAUCAUGAAGCGGAACGAACUGGCCUGUUUCGUACGAGAGCGGCACGCCGAGCUUCCAGAGAUGGAAAAGAAGGAGAAUCUAUGCGGACGAUGCUAUGCUAAGGUUCCCUGUUUCAUUUAUCACCGACUCGCUGACGAUGGAACUGGGGAGACCAGUGGAUUGGGGACUAAGUUCGAUGACAUUGUGAAGCAUCUGACACCCAGGCAUAAGGAAUUCUUCUUGAAGUGGGACAAUCUGCUCACAAAAGAAGAAAAAGAGAGCAUGAAGUUCCGACGCGAAUUAUGGACAAUGUUAUCUUCAGAACGAGAGAAACUCGGUCGAUGCUUUUCCAAUGUUGUUAUUGAACCCGGCUCGGCUUUCGAAGAUGUCAACAACCCUAAGAUCAACCGAUUUAGCUACACAUUUACGAAACAACAGCGCCUCCCGGGCUUCUCGUUUCUCGAAUCUCAAAUAGUUAUUGGGGAGCCUAUUGUCGUGUCGGAUGAGAAAGGUCAUUUUGCGCUCGCUAACGGAUACGUCACCAAAGUUGGGAAACGAAGAAUUACUGUUGCGGUCGACCGUCGCCUACACAAUGCACGCGUACGCCAGCGCGAUUUUGAUGAUGUUGAUAACCAAGUAUUUUCCGGCAUUAUGCAAGUUGGCAUGUCACCAAUGGAGCUACUGGCGGCUAAGCCUGAAGAACAGCCUGUUCUGUACAGACUUGACAAAGACGAAUUCAGCAAUGGCAUGGCUACUGUUCGGAACAAUCUCAUUCAUGUUAUGGCUGACGGACCUAUUGGUUCUCGCCAUAUCAGAGGAUUAGUGGUUGACUUGAAUGCUCCACGGUUUAAAACACAAUCCACCGCUUACGUGUUGAAAGAUCGUGAAAGCCUCAACGUGGAUCAACAGAGAGCAAUUGAAAAGGUGAUGAGUGCUGAGGACUAUGCUCUGGUGCUCGGGAUGCCCGGUACUGGGAAAACGACAACAAUCGCGCACAUCAUUCGCGCUCUUGUAUCACAAGGAAAGAGCGUACUUCUCACCUCGUACACGCAUACAGCUGUGGACAAUAUCCUGCUAAAGCUCAAAGCCGAGAAAGUACUUCGGUUGGGGAAUACAGCUAAAAUUCAUCCAGAGGUAAAGGAAUUUGCGACCCUCGCUGCCACUACCAAAGCGACAUUUGAUGAAGUCAAAAGUGCUUGGCACGAUAGUCCAAUUGUUGCCACGACAUGUCUGGGUAUCAAUCAUGCCAUAUUCAAGGAGAGAACUUUUGACUAUUGCAUUGUGGAUGAAGCUUCUCAGAUUACACUUCCAGUCUGUCUUGGUCCCAUAUGUCUGUCAAAGACAUUCAUUCUUGUAGGAGAUCACAAUCAGCUUCCACCACUUGUCCAAAACGAGGAGGCUCGUUUGGGUGGACUUGACAUCAGUCUUUUCAAGCACUUAUCCGAUACGAACCCCAGCUCUGUCGUCUAUCUCGAGCAUCAAUAUCGCAUGUGCGAAGACGUCAUGUCAUUAAGUAACAAUCUGAUCUAUCAAGGUCGACUCAAAUGCGGCAGCAAAGAAGUAGCUGAACGCCAAAUCACAAUUCCCAACAUGGAUGGCCUUCGAACUCAUCACUUCUCACCAUCAACAAUGUCACGAAGUCAAAAGAGCAUUUGCAAAGGCCCAUCACGCGGCCGCUGUUGGAUCCGCGACAUGCUCGAUCCCUCCAUCAAAGUCGCCUUCCUAAACACCGACACCCUCCUCCCCGGCGCCCUCGAAGAAGCAAAAGGAAACCGCAUCGUCAACCCCACCGAAGCAAUCAUCUGCACCCAACUCGUCGAAUCCCUCCUCAGCGUCGGCAUCGACGCCUCCUCCAUCGGCGUAAUGACCCAUUACCGCUCCCAACUCGCCCUCCUCAAACACAACCUCCGUCAACACGCCGACGUCGAAAUGCACACCGCAGACCGCUUCCAAGGCCGCGACAAAGAAGUCAUCAUCCUCUCUCUCGUCCGCAGCAACCCCGCUCACUCCAUCGGCGAACUGCUCAAAGAUUGGAGACGUAUCAACGUCGCUUUCACGCGCGCGAAAACUAAGCUCCUGGUCAUCGGCAGCAGAGAAACACUGAAAGGGAAUGGCAAAGAUAAAGAUGGCAAAGAGGAAAUGAUCGCAGAAUUCAUCACCCUUUUGGAGAAGAGGAAGUGGGUUUACGAUCUGCCCGCGACGGCGUUAGGCGAUCAUUGUUUUGAGGAUGGGAAUACACAGGUUACUGCCACCGCUAGUCGGGGCACCCAAUUCAAAAUCCUCGAAGAUGUGACGGCUGAACCGGAGAAUAAACGCGAGACUGAUCCUGGACUCAGGGAUGUUGGGACUGAGAAGGAGAAUCUUCGGAGGAGGAUGCCGAAGAAGAUUCAUGUUGGGCAGAAACCUUUCAAGAUUCCGAGACAGAGCGUUUUGAUGGAUGUUUAUAAUGAGGCUUUGGGAUAG